AUGGGCGAGGCCAAGUUCCGCGCCCGCCGCUGCGCGACCCCAGGCACCACUGCCAUCUGUUCCCUGUUGAACCGCUCCUCACUCCACGACAACCACACCACCGACCCUCAAAAUCACACCGCCAAUUCCAGCGGCCGCAGCAUGGUCACUUCUCCGGGCUUUCUGCGCCGUGACGCUCAAACCCUGAAUGCAAUCCGCUCUCUACCAAGGUCCGCGAACCUCGUCUUAUUCACCCCGGUCGUGCCGCCGGAGCCGGAGCCGGAGCCGGAGCUCGUGUCUUCGUCUCCAAACGAGGUCAAGUAUAGCAAGAAGGCCGCCGGCCGUGCGAGCGCGGAUGCUCCCAUGGACCCGUUCGAGCCAUUCGGCCGCGCCCUGUCCCGGCACCACGCCCGCGUUCGCCAUGUGCCCUACGUGCCGAGCGUCGGCAUGACGAGCACUCACAAGACCUUCCUUCAGCACGCCUCUGCAAUUGUCCUGGUGGUCGUGUGCAAUAAUGGCGAAGAAGGCCGUAAACGGGCCCCCUCGUCCGGAUCCACUAGCCUCGAGCUACACCACCACCAACGUCAACUGCCUGACCGCUCUUCUUCCUACAUCCUCCCCCCUCCACGUCAGUCCUCGAUCACGCCCACCCCGGCCUCAUUCAAGCAUGAGCCACGCCCAUCGCCCCACCGCGGUCACCAUUUCGAGCCUGCCGAUCCCUUCUUCAAGUUCGCCUCCCAGACGCUUGCCGCGGCGGGAGACCUGCGAGACCGCGCUGCUGCCACCUCCAAGGACCGAGACCCCUUGUCUGCUCCAUCUAUCCCGACUGUGUUGCUCGUUGUAGGCGAGGAUGAGGCGGAGACGAUGAGGAGAGCGGAUCAGCUGGACACGCUGAUGGAGGAGCUGGCAGCGGCGUACGGCAUCCGGUUCGAACUCGGGGCAAAAACCGCUCUGGUUUCCAGAAGCUAUUCGGCUGGGGCACUAAGGAGGGCUGCGGGGCUGAUAUUUGGGAGUGAGGCGUGA